UGCGUUGGGAGCCCCCCUACUCCGGCGGAGUCCCAGGCUAUAUAAGUGACUGGCGAGCAGAGUCCCUCAACCAGAUUUACGGGUUCCGGACUUCUCUGCGAGAGACGGCUACCACAGCCGCCGAUUCAGCUGCACUCCGAAAGGGGGACAGACGUCCAGCAGACGGCCAGCAUCCGAGCUGGUCGCUGUGGCGGAGCUAACGCAGGCAGACGGCAACAGGAGAGGAGAAGGUUUGAAAGCCUUACUCUGGAACAAACAGCUGAGAUGAAAGUCCAAUAACGCGCGCCAGAGCUUUUCCACUCCCACAGCCCGUCCGUGAACGCGUCUCGGAGACGGGGCACUUCAGCCGAAGCAAGAAGCGACACUCCGCUCACAACUCUGCGUCUCGCGUCCGGAGAAAUUUCGACACUUCACCCGACAACAGGCCACGAUGUACCGCUCAACCAAAGGAGCGUCCAAGGCUCGACGGGACCAGAUCAACGCCGAGAUUCGGAACCUGAAGGACUUGUUGCCCAUAUCUGAUGCAGAUAAAGCGCGGCUCUCGUACCUGCACAUCAUGUCGCUCGCCUGCAUGUACACCAGAAAAUCCGUCUUUUUCACUCAAGGAGCGGGAACUAGUCUUGACGAGAGCGCACAGUUUCUGUCUUUUCACGAACUGUCGGAGUUGAUGCAGUCGCUGCCGGGCUUUUUGAUGCUGCUGACUGGGGAAGGGAAGCUCCUCUACCUGUCUGACAGCGUCUCCGAGUACCUCGGGCACUCCAUGGUGGAUCUCGUGGCACAGGGUGACAGCGUGUAUGAUAUCGUCGACGCCGCAGACCACUUUGUCAUGAGAAGCAACCUGUCAGCCUCGACAUCACUGGAGAUAGACCGUCUCUUCCGCUGCCGUUUCAACACCUCCAAGUCCGUGCGGAGGCAAAGUGCCGGGAACAAGCUGGUUCUGAUCCGAGCUCGCUGCCUCCCUCCCCCCUGCACCCCGCCCGCCGCCGGGUCCUACUGGACCACCAACCCUGUCUGGGUGUGUUUCUGCUCCCCCCUGGAGCCCCACCCCACUCGCUCUGGGCCGGGGGCAGAGAGGGAGUCCACCUCCACCCCCGCUCUGGCUGAGGCCAAUCUAUUCCUGGCCUGCUUCCACUCCCAGCACAGCCGGGACAUGAGGCUGCAGGCUGCUCAAGACAGUGUGAACACCUACCUUGGCUUUGACGCGACGGCCUUACGCUCUCGCUCCUGGUACAGCCUCCUCCAUCCCCAGGAUCUGUCACAUGCCUCCAGUCAGCACCGCAGCCUAUUGAGAGAAGGAGGGGAGGGCCGAGCUGAAAUGGUGGUGCGCGUGCAGGCUGGAGACCAGUCGUGGGUUUGGCUCUACAUGGUUCUACAGCUACAGCCCGGAGAGAUCCCCAUCAGCAGCAGCAAUUACAUCAUCAGCGAGGCUGAAGCCUGGUCCGUGCGUCAGCAGCUCAGCUCGGAGCAGACGCAGCUGACCCUGGUUCUGGCUGGCGGCUCCCAGCAGGAGGGCCUGAGCCUCCAGUCCCCGGAGACCCUGUCCAGCCCAGACCAGGUCUUCACCCCCGGCAGCAGCGGCCUGUCCGGCCAGUCCUUCGACUUCAGCACCGCCGGCUGCAGCGUGGGCUCGUCCGACGAGCCGGGGAGCUCCGCCGCCGAGGCCAUGCAGCUGGAGGGCGACCCCCGCUCCAGCAUCUCCUCCCUGGAGGAGGAGAGCUUCUUUCAGCAGCAUCCUACCGAAAGCCCCUCAGCCGCCUCCUCCCCCACUCCAGUCACCGUCGAGACAGUAGCAGACCUAGACUUUUUGACCCAGAACAUUCUCCUUCCGCCCUCCUUCCAGCUGGACCCCCCUCUGCCCGCUCUGCCGCUGCCCCUCCCACCCGUGCCCACCUCGCAAGCUCAGCAGACCAAAGAGUUCGUCUGCACCCCCCCCUACACCCCACAGGUGGGUGGGGCCAGCUUCCCUUUUGGGGAGCCCCUCUUCAGCUUCGACCCCACUGGCACCACGACGCCCCCGCCCUCCGCGACAACCACCACCGCCACCACCUCCCUGGCCCCCUCGACCUCCUCCUCAGCCCCACCAACCACCGCCUCCAGCCCCGCCCCCCCCACCACCCUCUCCACCAAGCUUCCCCUCGCCCUGCCCACCCCGUCCACCGACCUCCUCUUCCCGGUUGAGACCUGCAGUGGCUCCUUCUACGAAAAACUGCCCCCGACGCCCGACAGCCCUGGAGACGGCGACUGCACAGUGAUGACUCUGCCGGAGGUACGGGGCCCGCUGUACGUAGAUGUACCACUGGGACCCCUUCAGUGUCCCCCCGAGGGCCUCCUCACCCCCGAGGCAUCACCGGGCAAACAGCCCUGCCUCUCGUUCUUCUCCCAGGAAAGAGAGCGGGAGAAGGAGAGGGCAGAGAUCUCCCUCCUAGCGCAGCACAUCAGCUCACUGGCAGAGGGAUUCUACCUGGAUCCACUCUUGUCCAAACUCUCGCCACCCUCCAUGUCACCGUCCUCCUCCCCUCCCUCCCCCUUCCUGUCUCCCGCCAUGGAAACUGCUGAGAUUGAUUCAGUCCAAAUGCUUAGGGAGUUUUAUCCCAUCAAAGCAUGGAGAGGCCUGGACAUCCCCAUCUUCCUUGAUGACGAUGACUCUCUGUUUGAAGAGAGCAUCCUAGAAACCCUCCUCCAAGACGACUUCGCUCCUCCCCGGUCCCCCCACCUCUCCACCCCCACCUCCCCUGUACCCAACCCCUCCAGCCCAACCUCUCCUCACAACCCAGUGUGCUGGCGCCAACCCUCCCAGUUUGAGGGAGUGGGCCACUUAUGUAGCGUCCAAUCGGCGCAAUGUAACUCCACGGCCGGGCGCGGGGCGACUGCGGCCGCCGAGGCUGGGGCACCGGCGGAGGGGGAGGGGCCAGCGGAGGAAGCGAUGGAGAUCGAGGUGAUGUCAUCUCCUGUGUCUUCUUGCUCCUCCAUCCCGGCUUCCCCUCCCCUCAUACUCAUUGCCUCCCCCAGUCCCACCACCUCCACGCCCAGCGCCUCGCCCACACCCGCCGUGUCUUGCACUCAGUCCCUCCUGGAGGAACUGGCCGUCCUGGAACCCAUGUUUGGGGCAGGUGCCUCGAUCGCCCCUGGCUUAGGGCAACAACCUGAGUUGUAUCAACUCCAAUGUCAUCCAUCGCCACAGUGCUUCCACAAAGAUGGGAGUGGAAGUGUUCCUCCGUUCUAAAAUAAGUCUGUGACUUACUUCAUUAAGUAUGGCAUAUUGUCAUAUUUUGUGGAGCCCCUUUUACUGAAAAGUAAAAAAUUAUUAAGUGUAUAAAUAUACAUAAUGUAUAUACAACUUAAGGACUUCUACUCCUACAUGUCUCCUAAGAACAAAGAUUGGCUUUAUAUUUUUGUUCAGUCAUUAAUCUGUGUACUACUACAAAACUGGUGCAGCAUUUGAUGAUGGUGCGACCACAUGGACCCACAACUGACUGGGUUUUGAGGCCAUGUGGCGUCUCUCUCAGCUUCUCUGUUAACACGAGCUUCAGACACGAUCAGACAGAGGAGCUUCUCUGAACUUGUAAGCGCUGUUUAACUCGCAGACGCGCGUUUGUAUUCACUCGUAGUGAAAAUUCUGUUGUGAACUAAACAAAAAAAAGAAAAAAAAAGGACAUGUUUUGCUAUUUCAGUAUGAAGAUGAAGUAUAGCACUUUGCCUGACAUGCAGCAACGCAAACCCAAACCUCAAAAGUAUUGAUAGUCGAAUGUUUACAAUUUUUUGAGUUCUUAGGACGUACAAAAGAACAAACGGAAGAAAUCCUCUGUCCGGGUUUGACAGCAGUGAGUCCUCAUCGCCUUCAGCGCGGAAAAUCGAAAAACACGAACACAAUUCAGCUUAAAAUCCGAGAUACUUUGAGCUUUGAGUUUGCGGCUUCAAGACCUUUAACAUUUCAUCUUUACUCUCACCAUCUACAAUCUUGUGUAUCAACGUGAUGUGCAAACAAAAAAGAAAACCUGUGAAGAGAUCCUGGCAUGUGACGAUCUCCAGAAUGCUAAAAAGGUGUCCAUUGCUUUGCAAGACGCAGCACCCGGCGAGAAAUUGUCUGGUGUUUUACCAGAGCUCUGAUCAUGCCAUCCAUCCACUUCUACGUUGUACUGUACAUUAGACUCUGAAUGUGGGCUCUUCAGGUCCCUCCCGGCCUGAGGGCAAGCGGCUGGAUAUUCUUGCAGCAUCAAUAUUUGCAAUGCUGGCAGCUUAUAGCGGCUCCUGUGUGCCUGAAACGGCCCCGACCUGCUGAACUCUGAACUCUUUAUCACGUCCAUUCAACGUGGACGGUUCCAUCGUUGCUCCACUGGAGCGCGGUGCGGUGAGGCACAAUUGACUAUGUGAAUGAGCGAUUCUUCUUUUUUGAGAGGGGUUAGAAUACAAAUGUUUUAUUUAAAAAAAAUGAAAAUAGGGAUGGGGUGCUAUUUCUAUUCAGUUACUAAGCGACACGGGUUGAGAAUGGUACUAUUCCCAUGGUGUCGACAUGCUCACGUAGAGUUGUCUACGGUCAAGUAAAGGAUUGAUUCCUACGUUCUAGCUAUUAAAGGCUAAGUUAAUAUACAUGUGUAAAAUUAUAUUAUUGUACGUGUGAUAUUUGAACAAGAUGUUAAUACAUAUGCAUUAUGUCUGUUGAUAUAGGCAUAUGUUCUUUUCAGAAAGGUUGUACACAUUUGUACAUUUGUAUGAAACUGUUAUCGGUCUGUAUAUACGAGACAGAUUUUUAUUGCCCAAGAUGGAAUAUAUUCAAAACAUCUUAAUGCAGAAUGGACAUUGUGGACCAGUGUUCUAUUGUGAUGCUUAUAAGUGUAUUUGGUUGUCAUACAAAUGCAUUUAUAAUAAAGUGCACUUACUGCUGCUGA